ACAACUUCACAAAAUAGUACGAUAUCUUCAUUAUCAACAACAACAACCUCAUCAUCAAUCGAAUCACCAUUGAUAACAGACGAUACUAAACCAAUGUCAUUUGAAGCUGCUUUACAACGAUUCAAACGAUUGAGUUCAUCAACUCGAUGUAGUACUACCAGUGUGUCAGCAUCGUCAUUACCUAAACCACAAUUAAUCACAGCCCAUCAAGAUACAUCCAUUGCAUAUGAACGACCAUGGGAUACAUUACAAACAUCUCUUAUCAGUAGUCUUUCAUCUCCUUCAUCGGCUACACCGAAUCGUAAUGGAGGGUCACUACAAAAGAUGCCUAGUACCGA